AUGAAGAUCACUGUGAGACCCAUUAAGGGUGAGAGCUUUUUUGUUGAGGUCCCAGAGACGGACACAAUCGAAAGCCUGAAGCAAGCGAUUGCAGCAGCCAAAGCUGAAUACCCUCAAAGCAGGCAGAAGCUGCUGCACAACGGAAGGGUCUUAGACGACGGUGCCUUAGUCAGUACUUAUGGGAUCACUGAGAAGGAAUUUGUCGUGGUAUUCUUGGUGAAAUCGGAGCCGAAGCCUUGUCUUGACAAGACCAGCUCUACGGAAAUCCAGCCGGUGCAGCCGGCUGUGACGCCUGCUGAAGCUCCAGCAGCUAACUCCAGUGCCAGCGGUUCAAGGGGACCAGAUCUGCCCGACGCUUCGACGGCUUCAACGGUUCCAAUGGCAGCAGCCCCAGCAGCUGCAACUGCAGAGGGAGAGGAGGCAGCAGCGCAGUUGUGCGAAAUGGGCUUUGAAAGAGCAAAGGUGAUGGAGUGCCUUAGAGCUGCUUGCAACGAUCGGCAAAAAGCUGCAGAGUAUUUAUUGAGUGGAGGCCCCCCACGUGCACGUUCAAGAUCGCCUCGGCGUGCUCCAGAGGCUUCAGAGUCUUCACAGCCACCGGCUCAGCCGGCUCAGCCGGCUGAUGACUUGGAAGAGGAAGAGGAGGAAGAGGAGCAACCGGAUGUUCUUCUACCUGAUGAGGUUCAGGAGCAGCAGAGGCAGCAAAUCAGAGAUAUGCUUCAGAAUCCCGAGCACCUAAAUGCGAUCAAUCGCUUGGAAGCGUUGGGCUUUGGAAGAACUGAGGCCUGCACGGCCUACUUGGUCUGCGAUAUGAAGGAAGAGGUUGCCGCCAACUACCUCUUCGACAUGCAAGGUGUGAAUUGGAACCAAAAGCCCAAGAACAAAGUUGAUGUGGCCCACAGCUAUUUAGCUCUCGAAACCCCUCGAGAACUCUGCUCACAGCUCACCAUUGCUCAAGCUUUCAAAGGCCCAGAGAAAUGGCUAACCUGUUGCGCUUGCUCUUCUGCGUUGUUGUGGCCUAUGGUGCAGUGGUUGAAGAGGAGAUGAAUGCUUUGCUGGAAGACAGCUGCGAAGGGGAAUGCACCCUGUCCCUGCUUCAGAUCAAAGCUGCUGGCCUUGAGGAGGACCCCCCCUGCAACGAUUGGGUCUCGUGCCCAUCCGGUGCCAAGUACUAUCUUGGACAAAAGUGCAACGCGGCGGGCAUGGUGUGUGCCGGUUGCUAGGCAUGCAGAGGAUCCUGCAUUUCUGAUACAGUCAUAGUGUUGAGACCUAUUCAGACCUAGUGAGAGAUAUUGCGAGCUGUUGACAGCUGUUGAGACCUGUUGGGACUGCUUGAUUGCUGGGAAUGGUCGUUGACAUUCACUGACAAUCAAAAGUUGUGAAGUGUCAUGAAAUGUCUCGACCACUCGUGACGACUAGUGACCGCUCGACCACUCGUGACCACUGAUGCCAUUUCGUGAAAACUCAUUAGCACUCAGCCAU